GGUGAAAGGUCAGUCGGGAAGGUCGAAGGGUACGAAUGGAAAAACACAACCUCAUGAGAUUUACAACUUGCUUGUAAACUGGUUAUAAACACUGCUCACGACUGUCUCCAAGGUGGGCUUACAUGUAUUUCAGUUCACUGGACUUUACUUUCUGAGUUGUGGGAAUCUAAUCAAGAUCUAUGGAAGAUGGGUGGCAACCAGUCCAUGAGAAAAUCCAGGCAGGACCUGAUCGUGAACCCGCAGGCAGCCCAGUUUGUACAGGACAAGGUCAAGGACAACUGUGUGACAGUGUUCUCCAAAUCCUCGUGUCCCUACUGCAAAAUCGCCCAGAGAUGCCUGGAUGACAUUGGUGCAAAGUAUGAGGUGGUGGAACUGAGCAGUAGGGAGGACAUGUCAGAUAUACAGGAUGUACUCAUGGCCAUGACUGGGGAAAGAACAGUCCCUCAAGUGUUCAUCAACGGCAGCUGUAUAGGAGGAGGAGCUACAACCAAGAUGUUGCACCAAGAGGGCAGGCUGCGCAACCUGGUCCAAGAGUGUGGGGGACUUAGACAAGAUGGAGAAAAUUAGGAUUACUGUUUUUAAAAAAAUCUACUUUUUUGUAACAUACUGUCUUGUUAUAGUGAUGACUAUUCUCAAGGUUUCUUUUGAUGCUCAUUUGUCAGUACUCAGGAAAAACUAUUCUUUUGCAGUCAGUUUUCAAGUAUUUGAUACCUUUGCUUUGCAUCAAUCAUAGAACCAGUAGAAUUCCCAAUGAAAUACAAGGAAUGGGUUUCAUCUCCAGUGAAAUGUUAUCUUUUCUAGCCUUAUGUUGAAAAAUAUAGAAAGAAAUGAAUUUAUUUGAUGAUGCUAUAUCAAGAUUCUAUUAUUCUAGGUCUGUCUAGAAAACUAGCAUUUGCCCUUGACAAACUCUACUAACUCACUCCCUACCCAAGUAUGCUGGAAACAAACUAGUUACUACCGUAUAAGCACAUUAAGAACUAGCAUGGUGUAAUAGAAACCAAUGUUUUGUAUAGGCUAUUGGGUUAGUACCUACAAUGUAUAUUUAUUAGCAGUUUGUUAUGUAUGACCAAAGCUUUGUUGCAUUUUUCAUACGCACUUGCCAAAAAUGUAUACCACAUUUAGUUCCCAUGAUAUUCAUGGUGUUUAUAAGUUUCUAAAAUAAAAAGAUACAUGUACCAUUGUAUAUGUACUAGUAAAUGUGGUAUCUGACUUAUUGUAUGCUUGAUGGGUGAUAGGGAAGAAAAAGAAUGCCAUUUGAUGAUACAAUGAGUUGGCAACAUUGCCAGAAAUGCUACACUGACUAAAUGUAUUAGAUUUAGUCCUAGAUUAAAGAAAUGUCCACACAAUGACUGAGACAAACCCUUUGACCAAAAUGCUGUAAUGAGCCAAGUGAAAAAGCCAUAUAAGAUUUCUCACAGAGAAGAAACAAAACUAAAGAAAAUUGCUACAAACAAAUGCCAUUGAGAGACUUUGUCAAGGAACACUAAUGGCAGUUAACUAACACAUUUCCUCUUACACAAAAGCAUUAAACACUUCUGAGUAUAUGCUAUGUGAUAUAUCUGUUGGCUAGUACA